AAAGCGUUGAACGCAAUGCAGGUGGAAGAUGCCUCAGAUGUUGACUGGGAAGAAAUCGCUCACACAAUUGGGGGAGUUACUCCUUGCUACGUACAGAUGCACUACCACAAGCUGAAAGUAGCCAAAGUGCCGUUGCGUCAGAGCAUGUCUUUCUGUGAGACCAUUGAUUUCCUGUACAGUAGUGUUCUGCCCAAGUUUGAAGAGCUCCUCCGACACAGUCAGACCGAGUCAGGGGACACCGAGUCCAGAGAAGAUCCACAAGAGCACUUCCUGCUCUCAGAGAUCUUUGAAGAUGAGGACGACUGAGAUUAUUACGGCGAGGUUCAGAACAGUUCAUUAUCAAUCUUUUUUUUUUUUAUCUCUGCGAGCUUUAUAUAUUUUGGAUGUAUUUUAAAGGCAGAUUUUGAAAAGAGUAGUUUGGAUGUAGAUGGUGAAAAUCUAUUGGACGAUACUGAAAAUGCUGGUCAGGAGUUUUUCCUUUUUCUGACAUUCACCGAUAAAGAUGGAUACUUUGUUAACAUUAGACAUGAUAACAUCCUCAGGGGCUGAUCAUUUGGAGCCUGGUCUGCUGUAGUGUGCAGCCACCCCUUAUUGCUGGAUCAGUAGCCAACAUUGUUUAUGUAACAUUGUUAUCAGGAAGUAUUCCAAAAGCAUGGAAAUCUGUAGUAGUAUGACGUAGACAUCUAUCACUCCAUUAGGGUGGGGAUACAAAUGAUCUUGACAACUUUUCAAGACGAACUUGUUUUAACUAAGAUUCUUGAAUCCUUGAAUAAUGUACAACUUUGUUCCUUUUUUAUCUGAUAAUUAUAUUCUUAAUAGUAACCAAUCAGGGUUUAGGCCUGGGCAUGGUACUACCACACCAACCACGCUAGUUGUUAAUGAUCUUGUCAAUGCCUUGGAUGCUAAAAAGAUCUGUGCUGCCUUGUUUAUUGACCUGUCAAAGAUGUUCAACACUGUUGAUCAUUCUGUUUUUACUGAAGAAAUUAUCAAGAGUCGGCCUGGGGUAUAUACAGCCUGUUUAUGGUUUCAGAAUUAUGUUCGUGACAGAACUCAGGCCAUCUUGAUAGACGGGGUUAAAUCUGAAUUUCCUGAGAUUCAAAAAGGUGUUCCUCAGGGUUCUACUUUGGGUCCAUUAUUGUUCACUUUGUAUAUUAAAGACAUAGGAAACACUGUU